AGAGCAGAGGAGCGGUCUCUGAUUGCGGGCGUCGGGGCUUUAAAAGCGGGCGUCACCUCGCGGCUCCGCAUCAGCAUCUUCAGGCGAGAAGACAGCGGAGCGAGCAGAGGAGAUUCGUCAAGACAUCUAGAGAGAAACAUAAGAAAAACUGGAAAAAGAACGAUUAAUCAUUUGCGAUGAUGUCACUGCAGAAGCCUCCCCUCCGACGCAGUGCAUCGACUGUAGAAUCAACCAAUCACAGCGGGCCUAUAUUGACUCCGCCCACCUCUCUCAACUUACGCUCCUCCCACAACCUGCAGCUGAGCUGCGACACCAUAAAGGAGGGCGUGGUCACCGUUUCCAAGGAAACACAAAACUCGAAGAGUCGGCAUAAAUAUGCCCUGACCAAUAUCCAAAAUGCCAUGGGUUUGAGCCAAAACCCCGCCCCUUUUACCCAAAGCCACGCCUCCUCCGACCGAAAACCCGCCCACCCCACGAAAUCCGCCUCCUCCUCAUCCCUCUACUGCUCCUCGCUCUCCUUCUCCACCUCAAAUCCCAAACUAGCCAAAAACGGCACAAACCUUCAGCUCAAAGAGGAGCAGCUGGACCUCAACAAGAACGACAGGAACCUGGUGAGGAGCAGCUGUGAUUGGCUGGAGGGGAAGGACAACCAGAAGAACCCCACCAUCAGGAGGAGGACCAAGAGCUUUCUAGAGUACCAUCGAGAAGAGGACGCCCCGAACAGCCCCGAUAAAGACACGCAGCCCGAGGAGAAGCACCUCCUGCCCAAACUAGAGGCGCAGACGUGGGCUAAAGAGAACCACGUGGAGGCGCACCUCACCCUCCCCCAGAACCACCUGCUCCUGCUGGCCAGCGAGGAAGAGGAGGAGGACGAGGAGAGUCCUGGAGAGACGCUGGAGGUCCACCAACACUCGCUCCGGCCCAAUAACGAGCGCCUCAGCCGCAUCAGAGACGGAUCUCUGCUCAGGAGUCCGUUACGCCUGAAACUGAGAGGAGACGAGCCGGAGGAGUCGCCCGAACGCCUGUCCAGAGCCGAAAAACAGGAGGAGGAGGAGGACUCCAGCUGGACCACACUGUCACAGGAGAGUCCGUCCGAGGAGACGCCUCAGGACACAGGUGUUUGGGAAGAGCCUCCUCAGGUUCAGGACGUGUCUCAGGAGUAUUUCUGGCGUAUUUCAGCCGAUUCCACUCCUCGAGAUCAGCCCGUGGCCGGCGACGCCAACUCUGACCAGGAGGCGGAGUCAGGGGUGAAGGGGGCGUGUCUCCCCGUGCCCUGCACUAAAGCACAGACUGAGCGUCCCAGCAGUAUCGUGUCGGACAGCUCUGUUGAACCCGUUCCUUCAUCAGCAGCCUCUUCACCCUCCUCUUCCUCGCUGUGUUAUGAGACGAUGGGUCGCGCCGCCGGGUUACUCAACAACAACUACCUGGACCUGACAGAGACAUGUGAGUCCCGCGAGCGAGAGAGUGUAGGAGCUCAGGGCGGCCCGUACAGCUUCAUCAACCACAGAGCUAGAGUCCCAUCAGCCCCAGCAGACACCGUCAUCCCCAUCAACGACCCGGAGACACAGGUGUUUGCGGUGUGUUAUCUGGGCUGGCUGGAGGUGCGAGACGCAGAUGUGAGGUCAGUGAGGAGCGGCGCAGUGUUGAGCGACUGCAUCCAGCAGCUGCAGCAGCACAGAGAGACACAGAGACCGAGGACUCGAGCCAUGCUGCUGGUGCUGCAGGACAUCACUCUGACCCUCAUCGACCCGGCUGACCACACCCUCCUGCACUCUCAGCCAAUCAGCUGCAUCUGCGUCUGGGGAGUGGGGCGGGGCUUCAGCAGGUCAGUGACUCCAUUAUUAUGAAAUCUGUUUUUCAUAUUUGUGUUGUUGUUGUU